UUAGCUUUUUCAAAAGCUUGAGUAAACCUUUACCAUUAAAAGUGUCAGUCCAAAAAUUAAUGGUCUGUGUUGUUCUCCUGAAAAGCAAAUUAAAUUUGUAUUAAUAGCAAAGCUAUAAAUAUGGUAUAUAUUAAUACAGGCACUUGUUUGCAUGAAAUUGACAACAUACUUUAAUACAAUCCCUAUAUUUGAGUAAUACUUUUGUAUUUCUGAUAUAUAAGGUACUAUUUAACCUUAAAAUUAAAAAAAUACCAAACUGACAUAUGAAAUGAAUUAAACAACAUUCAAAAUGUUCUUUAAAAUUUAGUAUAAAUGUAUUAUUUUGUUCAAAUAAAUACUGCCCUAUUAAACAUACGUCUGAGUGUCAAAUAUUAAUUUUAAUUAAUAAUGAAGAGUUUGCUUAGGCACAGAAUAAGAAUGAUUAAGGAAAUUGUCAUUUUUACUCUGCUAAUCCUUGGAUCUACCUGUUUCACUACUGAAAAUAAGAUACAGGAUGUUCGUCUUGCAGUACAGACUGCAAUUGCAUCUGCAAUACAACGUACCUUUUAUAGCUUCUUAAGGAAACCUCUAUCAAAAAUAAGUGAACUAAAAGAACAAGAAUCAAUCAGAAAUGUGAGAAAUGAAGGUGCCUCCUUAAAUUCAACUAUACUAGUUGAAGUGCUUGAAAAUCUAAAAAAUCAUCUUCCACAACAAAUACCAAUGAUACCAUUUGCUGUAGCUGAACCAACAGCAAAAAACGUUUUGGUAUAUUUUGGGAUCCUGAACAGUUCCUUUGUAAACAUAACCCAAUUUGAUGCUGAGGCAAUGGUCAACAACACCAACUUUGGCACUGACAUAGCUGUGGAGUUACAUAUCAACACCAGCAGUCUGGAGGGCUACUAUGAGCUGGAUGUGUCUAACUACGAUAUGCACAUUUUCGGUAAUGGUGACUACAGCAUCACCUCCAAUGGCACCGAUGUCUUUAUAAAAACUAGCAUUGAAAUAUUUCCAAACAAUUCGUUUCUCAUGUCUAAAUUCUCGUUGAAUAUGAGUAUUGACAGUGCUCAGCUAGUGAUGACUAACUUCAUGGGAGGAGACCCAUCUCUGCAACCUCUUCUUGAUUUCAUUGCACAGACAAUACCAGCUGAAGCCCCUAUUAUGAUGGAUCUGAUCCAAGACUCUUUAAAUUUCACAGUUACCCACUUUAUCAACUCCAUAGUGGCCAGUGUGUUCUCCUGGGAUGAGAUAGUCUCUAUGAUCCAAUCAUAUGCAUGACAAUGAGAUAACACAAAUGCUGAUUAGCUAAUAAUUGGUUAGUUUAUACUGUAUAUGUGGUGGAUUUAUCACAAUAAAACACAACUAAGUAGUAUU